AGAAGGUGCUUCCAACGAUACCUUAGGUACAAAACCUAACUGACAUGCUUGCUUGUUCCCUAAACAUCCGAAACCUUACUCGAAUCUCACGAUCCAUACUAUCGAACCGAAACCUACUUCCUAAAGGAGUCGAGGCGAGAUGGUUGCGCUGCCAUUAUUUAAAUUAGCAUCCUUGUUCCUAAGGCAUAUUUCCAAAUAUGGCGCUAAUCAAAUCAAGGUGCAAGCCCACGACCAUCCGCGCUUCCGCCGUCUUGCCGCCAAGUAUGGCCAAUCGAUUCACCAGUUGAACAUGCGUCUAUCCGUAGCAUCCCUAAGAAACGUCGAGGCGGAAAUAAGAGCAAAGGAGAAGGCCGAAGCACCGACAGUAAAAACGAAGGAGCAAAUAGAGAAGGAGGAGGAAAUUCGUGCUAAGCACGGCACGACAAACCAAGGGACUCGUACCCAAAAGUCCUUGCCUAUAAUGAGCGUCUGGAAAAGGAAAUUCAGGCCUCUCCCAGAAGCUAAGGCGGUCGACCUAUUUGCGGAUGUGGUUGGCGAUGCCUUUAUCCUUUUCGUGGCCACGAUUUUGAUAUUAUAUGAAUACCACAGGUCCUCUCAAAAGCCGGACCCCAACCAGGAGAAGCUCAAGGAGCUCAAUGCCCGCUUUGACGAGCUUGAUAGGAGAGAAAAGGAGCUCGAGGAGGCUGAGAGGCGUCAGCAGAAUCGAGUAUUGAUACUCGAGGAGGCUUUAAGGGGAUUUAAAGACCCAAAAACCCACAAGCCACUCUUGCCUCCAGCGCCUACGGCAUCGCCUCAUGCUUAAUAAGUAGACAAUAACUGCAGAGUACAGGUCUACUACUUGGGUAAUUGGUAUAUGCUUACCAUACCAUAUGAUCUAACGAAUGUAUAACAAUUAUAUAUAAAAAGCCGGCGUUGCUAGAUGGUUAUGGGCAAAGAUAGAACUGUGUGUCUAUGACAGCUUAGUAGAGCACAAGUAUCAACCCCCCUUAGAUAUUAGACGCCGCUCUCCCGUAUAUUUCAACCCGAUAUAUUCACUAUUACUUGAAUAUAAGACAGCCCCUCGGCUCUUUACUCAACCAGUUCGUCGUUGAUGUCUAUUCUGGUACCAUUAUGAUCAUCUGCAGGUGUUGACUUUGACACUUGUAUAACUAAAUACUUAAAUACCAGGUGUAAUUAUUUCUAUUUAUCUAUACAUAUAUGUUGACUAUAUGAUUAGGUGCCUUGAUCAAGAUAAAUAUAUCAAUAUAAAGGCACUACGAACACCCAGAGGUUUAAGUUCA